AUGUGGACGGUAGAGGACUCGGACGAAGGUAGCAGCAGCCCAACGGAAAAGGAGAACAGGAAGCGUAGAACGACAGGAAACACGGCCACCGCCAUCGCAACUCCAGACGUCGGUCUCACUCGCGUUCUUCAUCGUCGGAAUCUUCGUCGGACUCGGAAUCUGUUAGCUCCGACAGCUCGGAUGACGAGCGAUCUCGGCGGAAACGGAAACACAGUGCAGCAGCUCGCAGAAGGACAGGAAGGGGCACAAGAAGGAUAA